UCUACCACAAUACCCCCAGCGAUCCAGCAUCGUCGCGAUUCAGCGGCACAACUCGUAAACUUCCGGGAAAUUUAAACGAAUCAAACCCGAUUAUCUUCCUGUCAGCAUUCACAAGCUACCCCAAGUAUAAACCAUAAGCCAUGAACCGCGCUUUUUAAAGCAGAUGCAGGCCGUCUCAGUGAACCAACAAAAGCAUUGAAAGAGUGAAAAAGGGACCAGAGCUAUGGAAUUACAAAGAGGAAUUCCUUUACUAUACCAGCAAUUCAAAGCUCUAUUGAAGAAGAACCUGUUGCUCUCAUGGAGGAACAAAAGCGCCGCGUUCCUCCAGUUAUUUUCGUCAUUUUUCUUCAUAUUCCUCCUCUUCUGCAUAGACAGAGCCACUGAAGCUAGCAACUCUGAUACCACGGAAUAUAAGUCGGUACUCAAUCCUCAGCCUCUGGUCUCGCCGCCGAUCCCUCCCUGCGAGGACAAGUUCUACAUUAAGAAGCCGUGCUUCGACUUUGUGUGGAGCGGAAACGACAGCGUUAGACUGAAUCGUAUUGUCAACUCAAUAAUGGCAAAUAAUCCUGGCAGGUUGAUUCCGUCCAAUAAGGUGAAAUCAUUCAGAACUACAGAAGAUGUAGAUACUUGGCUUUUGAAUAAUCCUAUGCGUUGUCCUGGAGCUCUGCAUUUCAAUGAUAUAAAUGCCACUGUUAUCAGCUAUGGCAUACAGACUAACUCUACCCCAGUUAGAAAUAGGGGAUACUUUGAAAAUCCUACAUUCAAAUUUCAAAUCCCACUUCAGAUUGCAGCAGAGCGUGAAAUUGCUCGGUCUAUCAUUGGAGAUCCAAACUUUAGCUGGGUAGUUGGACUUAAAGAAUUUGCACACCCUGCAAAAGACGAUUUCUCCAUAUUGGCAACAAUUGGACCAACUUUCUUUCUUGCGUUUGCCAUGUUCGGAUUUGUGUUGCAAAUUGGAUCUUUGGUGGCAGAGAAAGAACUCAAACUUCGCCAGGCAAUGAGUAUGACAGGUCUUUACGAAUCUGCAUAUUGGCUCUCUUGGAUCACAUGGGAUGGAAUACUUGCACUAGUGUCAUCACUUCUCCUCAGUCUUUUUGGAAUGAUAUUUCAGUUUGACUUUUUCAAGAAAAACAAUUUUGCAGUUGUGUUUCUUGUGUUCUAUCUUUUUCAGCUCAAUAUGGUUGGUUUUGCCUUUUUGCUGUCAAACUUCAUUAGCAAGUCAUCUUCAGCCACAACAGCCGGUUUCUCUGUAUUUAUUGUUGGCUUUUUUACACAGCUGGUUACCAUAUUUGGAUUCCCAUAUGGUAUCAAAGUUUCUAAUAUUCUAAGAAUUAUCUGGUCAUUGUUCCCACCCAAUCUUCUUGCUAUAGCCGUGAAUUUGCUUGCCGAGGCAACUGCCACUCCUGAAGAUGUUGGGAUUAGCUGGAGUAGACGGACAGAGUGUGUACGAGAUGCUAGUGCAGCAGAAGAGUGUGUAAUAUCAAUUAAUGGUGUUUACUUAUGGCUUACAGCUACAUUCUUUGUCUGGUUUGUUUUGGCAAUCUACUUUGACAAUAUAAUUCCAAAUGCAUAUGGUGUGAGAAAACCUAUAUUUUAUUUCUUAAAGCCUGGAUAUUGGACUGGAAAAGGUGGAAAUAGGGUGGAAGAGGGUAGCAUAUGUAGUUGCAUGGGUUCAGACCCACAACAAGAGCACAUUACUCCAGAAGAUGAUGAUGUCCUUGAAGAGGAAAAUCUUGUUAAACAAGAAGCAAAAGACGGUUUAGUCAAUCCAGAUGUUGCAGUUCAGGUACGUGGACUUGCAAAGGUGUAUGCUGGGACUACGAAUAUUGGUUGCUUUAAAUGCAAGAAAACUUCACCUUACCAUGCUCUCAAGGGUUUAUGGAUGAACUUAGCUAAGGAUCAAUUGUUCUGUCUCCUUGGACCAAAUGGUGCUGGAAAAACUACAGCAAUCAAUUGUUUGACAGGCAUAACACCAUUGACAAGUGGAGAUGCUCUGAUUUAUGGAUACUCCAUCCGAAGUUCUGUUGGCAUGUCCAACAUUCGACGAAUCAUAGGAGUUUGUCCUCAGUUUGACAUCCUUUGGGAUGCAUUGUCUGGUGCAGAGCAUCUCCAUCUCUUUGCUAGUAUUAAAGGCCUACCCCCAGAUUCAAUAGAUUUGGUUGCUGAGGAAUCAUUAGCAAAGGUAAGACUCACUGAGGCAGCUAAAGUCAGAACCAGGAGUUAUAGUGGAGGAAUGAGGCGCAGGCUCAGUGUUGCAAUAGCCCUUAUUGGGAAUCCCAAGUUGGCCAUUCUUGAUGAACCAACUACUGGUAUGGAUCCAAUAUCAAGAAGACACGUCUGGGAUAUUAUACAGAAUGCAAAGAAAGGCUGCUCCAUUAUUCUGACAACACAUUCAAUGGAAGAAGCCGACAUUCUAAGUGAUCGCAUAGGAAUUAUGGCCAAGGGUAGGCUCCGAUGCAUUGGAACAUCAAUUAGGUUGAAAUCAAGAUUUGGCACUGGCUUCAUCACUAAUGUGAGCUUUGUUGAAAGCACUGCUGGACAAUCUCCUUCCAAUACAACUGUGGAUCUUGCCAAUCAUCAUGAGGAUGUAAAGCAGUUCUUCAAAUAUCAUUUGGAUGUAAUGCCAACAGAGGAGACCAAAUCCUACCUGACUUUUGUAAUUCCCCAUGAUAGAGAGAAGCUUUUAACGAGAUUUUUUUCGGAGCUUCAAGAUAGACAGAGAGAAUUUGCUAUAUCAGAUAUUCAAAUUGGCCUUGCAACGCUUGAAGAAGUUUUCUUAAAUAUUGCCAAGCAGGCAGAACUAGAAAGUGCUGCGAUCGAGGGGAGGUUGGUCACUUUGACCUUAACAUCUGGAGCCUCAGUUCAGAUACCUGUAGGAGCUAGAUUUGUUGGGAUUCCAGGAACAGAAUCUCCAGAGAAUCCUAGAGGCAUAAUGGUUGAAGUAUACUGGGAGCAAGAUGAUUCUGGUGCUCUCUGCAUUUCUGGUCACUCUGCUGAGAUGCCUAUGCCUCCCAACGCUCAACCAUUUAGUUCAGCAGCCCCACGUUCUAAUAGAAAUUUCCUUAGCCGGAGGAGACAACCAGCUUAUGGAAUCGUGAUCGACCCCAAUCAGAAUAGUUCUAGUAAUCCUUGAUGAUAAGGUUCCUCAUUAAAUCUUAUAUAUUAUUGUAUUCUGAUAAUCUGUUAUUUUUGGUACUAGUUGAUAGCUUUGUUCUACCCUUUUAUUUGGCUAUUUUGUAUAGAAUUUUGAUAUUUGAAUGCUUCAAAAUAAUCUCCCAAUUUUCUUUUGGGUAUGCCGUAGGAGUUGGUUAUUAGACAGAA